AUUAUUAAACUGCCGGCUGCCACGUUUAUUUAUAAUGGGCUGUGUCAUAAUAUUAUUUUAACACAAUUGUGUUCCAACCAUUGGUCCCAAUGAUAAUCUAUCCUAUUGUAACUUGCAGACAGCAUUCAGAGUAAUAUGCCAUAUUGAGAUCAAGUUGCGAUUGCUCUUUUAUGAAGUGAGAGCAUUGCAAGCACAAAGAAAUUGAUUACGGAAUAGUGACACGUCUGACAUUUAACAAACAUCUUCACUCUGCUUGAAGUAUGGAUUGGAUUGGUUCUGGUUCGGUCCAACAAAGUUCAUGUCACAGGAGGUAAAACACUCAUCCAUGUGUCAUAGAGAAAGGGUAUUGAUGGCCACAGGAGGUAAAAAACUCAUCCAUGUGUCAUAGAGAAAGGGUAUUGAUGGCCACUCUGCUUGUAUACUGAGUAUAUCAUGUACAAUUGUAAUUGAAAAUUAUUUUAUUUGUGGUGUGGUUUUCAUAUCAGCCCAUUUGUUCUUCCAACCUCACCUACACACUGUUUUUCAUCUGUACGGUUUUCUUUCACUACUUUUCUUUUGGUGCAAACAACUGCACCCUCCUAUGGCUGGUCUAGUUAUAUGGGGGGACGGACUGUUGUGAUGCUUGGUUUCAUUUGACCUCUGUCUACCAAAUAGAGAUGUCCGGUAAUGGAGGCAUGGAAAAAGAUGGGCGAUGGAGGUGGGUAAUUAUGUAAACAAGUGUCUGAGGGGGAAAUGUACUCUGAGGAAGGAGGUGAAACCUCCUACCUCUGGGGUCCAAACAAAUGUCCACAGGAGCUUAAUAUAUCUUGCGUGAGGACCAUAGAGAGGAACCUGCACUGUAUUUCAGUGUUAGACAGGUCUCGUAAGAGGGCCGUUGUUCAAAUGGACAGCACUGAUUGGCUGGGUGUGUCUUUAAAAUAAACUAUUCCCUAUAUAGUGCCCCACUUUUGACCAGAGCCUUAUGAGUCCUAGUAGUACAUCAUACAGGGAUUUGGGUGGGCUACUGUUGACAUCCUGUAGAUUUGGGUGAUAUGAUUUUAUUUUAUUUAGGUAGUGAGGCACAUUUUGUCCUCCACUGUUGCAUUUCAUUGUUUUAGAACCUUGUCAUAUAAUAAUGGUGGCUAUCAUUGCCGUGACACUCAUUUCACAAUUUGACAACAAGUUGAUUCCAGAGUUCAAACUACCAAGCCUUAACAAUAACGAUUUAUGUGGCUGUCUGCUCAUUUUGCUGUGUCACUCGCUUCUGCUUGCGUUAGGAUAUGUAAACCUAUAGUCCUAGGGUAACACCGGACAGUAAGGCAGCACAGGGGGACCUGUGUCCUGGGGACACCAUCCUGGCCAUCAAUGGCGACAGCACAGAGACCAUGACCCACAUGGAGGCCCAGAACAGGAUCAAGGCCUGCAUGGGGGAACUCACACUGGCCGUCAGCAGGUGUGAAGACAAAGUCUGGUCUCCAACUGUUAUUGAAGAUGGCAAGACCAGUCCAUUCAUGGCUACGUUGGAGUCUGAGUCCCCACAGAAUUUCCGACCAAUCAGCACUGGACCAAUCACCGGUGGAUACAUCAGUGGCUACAGCAGCGGUCACAAUGGCAGUGGAUACAGCCGAAAACCCCCCUACAUCUCUGAGCCACCGCACCUCAACAAUGGCAACUCCAAGCAGCUCAACAACAUGCAGUACAACAACCCAGCCGGCCUGUACGCACACAACAAUGGCAGCAAUGGAGACAGAGACAGGGUCUUGCCAAAACAAAUGGGCAGCCUGUGCCUGAGCUCCCCACACAGUCCUGAGCCUCCGACGCAUUCUCCUCUGGGACGUAAUGGGAACGGUCCUAGUUUUGAAGUCACCACAGAGUCAGACGUGUAUAAGAUGCUGCAGGACCCAGAGGAGCCAGCCUCUGCACCCAAACAGUCCGGCUCCUUCAAAUACCUACAGGGCAUACUGGAGGCAGAGGAUGGAGGUGUGUCCCCCACUGACAGGUCUGGAGUGAGAAGCCUAAGGUCUCCAGUUCAAUCCCCAGUCCCUAAAUUGGGCAGCCCCAUUCCUGGUCCCAUGGGCCCCAUGCCUGGCCUACAGAAACUCCCCCAGUGCACGCGCUGUGGCAACGGCAUAGUGGGCACCAUCGUGAAGGCCAGAGACAAACUGUACCACACAGAGUGCUUCAUGUGUGAUGACUGCGGCCUAAACCUCAAGCAGAGGGGCUACUUCUUCAUUGAGGAGAACCUGUACUGUGAGACCCACGCCAUGGCCCGUGUCCAGCCUCCUGAGGGAUAUGACGUGGUUGCAGUCUACCCCAAUUCCAAGGUUGAACUAGUCUAAGCUGGUCAGGCUUUAACCCCCCCCCCCCCCCCCCCAGUCUUAUCCACAGCUCCCAGAAGGCAGCAAGGUUUUCCAAUCCAAUGCGCAACAUGUCCAAGCUAUCGCCAGAAAAGAUCAUGUCAGUUUAGAGUGGGAGAGUGGUGUCCAGAGGUUUCUAGUCUCUCUCUAGCUCUUUCACACAUAAUGUACAGCAUGCUAUUCAUUUUUUCUGACAGACCUUACAUUUUUACUCCUGCUGAGUACAAAAAAAUGGAGGGCUUUUCUUUGUCAAGAGCACUUUUAGAUCUUGUUAAAACAUAAGCAAUAUUCAACAGAACGACAUCUCACAUCUGGGGAUGGUUUUCUAUUUUUAACCCUGCUGACUAAAAUGCAGUUAAUGGAAUUAGGGUCAAGCACCUCACUGAGAAUGGAAUUGAACUUUUACUGCUUCUCACACGGUUACUACAGUUAAAGAACACCAGCUUUAUUACAGCUGGUGAAAUACAUUCCAGUGCCACAAGAGAAAGCCUUUUGUAUCUCUACUGUUGCAGUGUUUAAAAAGCUGUGGGGAGUAGAGUCCGAAGACAAGGACAUGGAAAACAACGACUCUGGGAUCUAACCCGUGAAUCUAGGAACAUGCGGGAAUAAUCCAUCUAUUUAGGUUCUUUGGCACAUUUUGUAGAAACAGACGGUGCUUGUUGGCUGAGAGACUGUAUUUGAAAGUGUAUAUUGUUUUCUUGUUUGAUAUAUAUCACAGCCAAGUCCACUGAAUUAAUCAGACUUCUACAUGUCCAGGGAGGGCAUUUAUGUGCUUUUGGAAAUUACAAAAAUAUUCAUGCUUGCAACAGUCUCUUCCCCUGAAAUUGUAGGAUGAGGAUUGCGGACCUGUACAGAAUCAUGCAGCCUGAGGGACAGCGAACAGUAGUUGGAAGAAAAGUGCUAUUUGUAAAAUAUUUGAUUCUUUAAAAAAAACAGUUUUAAUUGUAUUUUAACUAUCUUAAAGUGCUUGUUAUUCAAUAUCCAUCAUGACCCUAACGUUUAGCUACUGGAAUGCCAACUAGGACAGUAGUUUGUAAAUUAUGUGAAAUGAUUUUGGUGUUUUUAAAUUCUAAUUGUACAUAUUUGUUUCAUGUCUAACAAACUUAACUAGUCACUGCCUUCACAUGUCUGUCCUUUUUAAAUGCUUACCGUGUGGAGUCACAGAAUCCCCUCGUGUUUAACUUAUUGUUUUGUAGACACAUUUCACUCUGGUUUCUUCUAUUUGUUUUUUAAAGAUAUAAUAAAGUGAUAAAUAAAUCAAAUCAUACUCAUGA